AAGGUGUCAGAGUUUUACUGUCAAAAUAUGCUCUAAAUAUCUCCCUAAUAUUGAAUAUUAGAACACAUAUUUUUAAUAAAGUGACAAACUUUCAGCACAUCAGUGAGCAAAUGGUCAUUAUGCAACAGACUUCUGGAGGAUGUGGAGAGCUGGUUGCUGAUGAUAUGAGCUAUCACUGUUCAGCCACCCUGAGGACAUUUCAGAAGGAACAAGUGUAGAUAAAUGACGGAGGGGGUGUGUGUGUGUAUGUGUGUGUGUGUGUGAGGGUUGUUAUUAUUGCUGAUAAGAGGCGGAUAGGACAACAACGAUAAGCUCUUGCAUGUUGACUCCUUUAAAUUUGACCAUGCUGACGUCCUGCAUGUCCGCCGCUGACAGGCUGUGAAACCGGUUUCAGCCACAUUAUGACUAAAUUAGCAGCUUCUGGGGCGGGGGAGCACCCCCCAUCCUACAUUAUUUUUCUAGUGGUCUUCCUCUUCUUCUUGACGGGUCUGCUGGGCUUCCUUAUCUGCCACCUGCUGAAGAAGAAGGGCUACCGCUGCCGAACCGGAGACCUGGAGGAUGAAGAGGACAAGCUUGGGGAAGAUGAAGAUGACGAGAACGAUGAGAACCAGGACACCGUGGAGCAGAUUCUUAAAUGCAUCAUGGAAAAUGAAGCCAACAUGGAGGCCUUCAAUGAGAUGCUGGGGAACCACAGCGUCUGUGUGCGCCAUGAUCCACGGUUACGUAAGGAGUCCAUCGGUGGCAUUCCUCCCCAUCUCCAUACAGUCCACUCAGGAACCGACCUCAACUCCUGCCUCCUCUGCGCCCAGGUCAAAGCAAAGAGGGGCCGCAGACAGAGCAGGACACCCCGCUUCAAACAACGACCCGGAGAGCAGACCGUCUUCUCUGUUGGAAGAUUUCGGGUGACACACUCUGAUAAGAAGCUCCAGGGAAGUCCUAACCUAUUGGCUGUUUCGGGGGACCAGCUGGACCAGUCCCAAGACAGUGAGGAGAGAAAGGAGGAUGGGUACAAUCUGAAGAAUAUGUUUAAGGAAGUUCAACCGCCUUCAGAUGGUGCUAAUGGUGUUGCUGCAAAUGCGGGGAAAAGGAAGAAGAGUGUGACCAUAUUUGGGCUGAGGCGGGGCAGUGAUCCUUCAGGUUUGAGAGUAAAAGAGAGGGUAGGUAGAGACACUGGGGGGAGUAGAUUUGCUGUUCAGCAGCCACCUGUUGUGCUGGAGGAACCUGUCCAGGCAGAGAGUGUAGAGGCUAAUCCAGAGUGUGGUACUAAAGCUGCUGCCAAGCUGAAUACUGAGUCUGCAUCAGCUCAGCGUGAAGGUAUAACUUCUAUUCUCAAAAAAUCCUCCAACUCUAACUCUGGUUCCCAGGAAAGUUCCAGGCUUGGCCUACAAGGAAAGAUGGCCGUAGGAGCCUCUGUCCCUUCCUCCCUCCCUGUUUCACCUGGGAAAUCUGUAGAAGUCAACAAUAAGAUAUUAAAGAUUGAAGAUCCUGGACCACUACAGACCUCAACCCCCAUUGACACCAUACCUGCACCAAUUCCAGGUUUCACCUCAGUUAUGCCCACUGGUCAGUCCCAUUGGAACAAAGACUUUACGACUGCCAGGGUUUCCUCUGACCCAUGUUCCAGUCCAGAUCCAGAACCAGCUGCCAGCGGAGGCCUUGCUUUGAUAAGCUUGGGUUCAUCUCCUGCAUCUUCUUUCCAAAACAAGACCUUUUCAUCUGUCUCAUCAUUAAAAACGCCUACCUCAUCCCUGGCAGAGUCACCAAGUCCCAAAAGCAGCUUAGGAAACUUACCAGAGGCUACCAGGUGCAAACCAUUAGCACCACUCCCCACAUGUUCUUCUCCAACUGCAGCCUCACCCCGUUCAACCCUAAAGUCAGAAAGUUUGACUUCUGUGAGAUCUACAACCCAUAGAGACAUACUUCCAAGUUCAUAUUCCACGAAGGAACACAAGCUAGAAGGACAGACUGAAGAAAAUAUAGAAAAAAAGAGACCUGGAAUCAUAAGGACACCUAAACUGCCUCCAGUUGCAGCAGGAGAUUUAGCCUCUUCAUCUGAGCAGGUUUUAAAAGACAGACUGAGCAGUUUACCUUUGACGCCCCCCAGCCUGUUGUCCUCAUCCUCACUUCAAGGAGGGAGAGUAAGUAGUGUAACAAUUGUUAAAGCCAGUCCUGACAGCAAGAGGGAGUUCUCUGUCAUCACUAUGGUGGACAAAGAAGAGGCCUCCUCAUCGGACCAGAGGUUGAAGAGUUCCCAAGAUGGAUUUAAAUCAGAGAGAGAGGAAACAAACCCCACUGUUAGAAAGCAAGAACAGAUUUUUAUUGGUGAAUCUCAGACUCAGAGAAAGGAAACCUCAGGAGGAGAAACCAGAUCAUAUCCAGGUCAAGACAAGGAUGACAUGAUGGAGAUGGAAGACAUUAGAGACUGCAAGGUGACACAGGUGGAAGGAGCUGAAGGGCCGAGAGAGGACACUGACAAGAUGUUGGAUAACCAAUCACAACAGAACCAAGAAGGGAAGUGCCAAGAUGAUGAAGAUUCUACUGCAUCCAGAAAUGAUCCAAGCAGAGAGACAAACGAUACCAAAAACUGAACUACACUCAGAGACAAGUGAUAAGAUCAAUGACAAAAUACUAUGAUGAGCAUUCUUUUAUUCAUUUAACCUCAGAUGAUUUUUUGGAAGUUUUUUUUUUCCCUUUCUAGCCAUAAGAGUGAAACUGACACCAGACUUUCAUAUUUAUAUUAAUGUAAAAGUUAUGGUUUGUUAAUGUAAGUUUUGUUCUGUCGGUUUACCACUAAACACCAUACCACCAAUGGGCUGGUGGUAUGAUGUUUGGAUAUGCAUGAACAAUGCCACUGGCAUUCAGCGCCUGACUAACAGUUUAAGAGUUUCACUUAAUGCCCUGAAAUGUGUCUGAACACUGGAGUGACUGGAGCAACGUUUGUCCACACAUAUAUAGCAUAUUGUAACCUCUCCACAUUUCCACACUGUUGUCUCCAGGUCUGUUCGAGAUUUGACCUUAGUAUCAUCCUGUGCUUUGUUGCAUAUUCACACAUAAAAUGAUCCAGUAGGGGAAAAUGUUGGGAUCCUUUGCUUUAAUAGCCUGUUGGCAGUUCCCUUCUGUGCUGCUACAUCAUCCAUUGAAUAUUUCCUGAUAGCUUCUUCACUACAAGUUUUACAAACUUUAGGUCAUGCCUCCAAAGAGUACAGUAUUGUUUAUUGGAACAGUUUCUGUGUUUCUAUUACAAAUGUGUGCAAAACUUUGUCGAUGUAAAAAGACAUCCUCCACUCCCCCAAUUUCGCAAUAGUGGUGUUUCCACUAGAUAAACACAAUUAAAUCCACAUCUGAAUAAUUCUGUUCAUGUGAUAACGUCGUUAUCAUCCUCCUACCACUUCCUGUGGUCUUCUGUUUUUUCCACCAACCGACAACCAGCUCUUGAUCAUGAUGCAUCAAAAAGUGUUUCCAUUGCAGUUUUGCAAAAUAUAAAUUUUUUGUCAUAAGAUGUUAGUGCAAUAUUAAAAAUAGUGAAGAAGCUUGUCCACCUAUUACCUCUGGAUCCAGAGUCCUAACCCAAAAUAAGCUGCCUACAAUCCUCAAUGGUUCAUAAAAUAUCUUUACAAAGAUACCAUCCAAUACAACAUGCCUGCAAAAUUCCUCACGUAUUACAGGAAUUACAGCAUUUAUUUAGUAGCACAAAGUCCCUUCCUUUACCAAAUAGAGCAUCGGUUUAUAAUCAAUUGGCAAACCACAAACACUUGUGUCUUGGAAGAUCCCACACUGUGUCUCUGCAGUGUUACCAUUGGACUGUGAAAGCAGACAACAAAAGAUUAUUCUAUAGUACUCCAUUAUUAUUUUUUUCAAAAUUGGUAUCCAUUAAACAAAAUUAGUUAUUCCAAUUUGCACAAUUUUAUUUUCAAUGGAAACACAGCUGCUGACAGCAGAGGUUAGAUCAAAUCAUUAUGAGUUGCAAGUUUUAAGCAAAGUCCCAAGUAAAGACAUUCAGGUGCAAAGUCAAGAUCAAGAGUUAAGUUCAUUGUUCUAAGUUCUUAAUUUUUUCAUUCUUACUAAGUCAUUUUACCAAAUAUGUCAUUCAGUUUCAGAGUAAUAACACUUGACUUAAACUACAACUACCUAAAAACAGGUACAUUUAUUUGCCAAAGCGAGCAAAUUUAAACAAAUGAGUUAAAAAUGGAAAUAUAUUUACUUUACGGCUGAUGUUACUCCAAAGUGUCAGCAUGCACAUGCAUGUUUAAUGUAUAAAUUAAAUAAAAACUAAAUGCAACAAAAGAUGUCUCCCAAAAUA